AGCAACACAACAUCACAGAGAGUUUGCAGUCGUCAUACAGCAGGAGUCCAGGAUGCUGCAUCCAAACCAUGAGUCCAACCAUGGAGAGUCCUUCAGGACCUUCAGGGGUUUGCUUUUCCUCGUUCUUCUGAUGCAGCCUUUUGGAGCGCUGUCAGAGUUGAUUUGUUCACAUCAACCAAUCGUGGCCCUGGUUGGUGAUGAUGUCAUUCUGCCGUGUCACCUUGAACCUAACAUCAGUGCCAGUUCUGAGAGAGUGGAGUGGACCAAACCUGGUUUGGACCCAGAGUACAUCCAUGUUCACCAAGAUGGACGACUGUUUUAUCAGCAGCUAAAUCCAUCUUAUCAUAAUCGUACAAGUCUGUUUGUGGAUGAACUGACGAACGGAAACAUCUCCAUGAAAAUCUUCAGCGUGAAAAUCUCUGAUGCAGGAAAAUACUUUUGCAUCCUUCCAUCAAUACACGAGGCAGCUUCCAUCCAACUCACUGUUGGUGCUGUCUCCACGCCCAUCAUAGAGGUUACCUUAAAUAACAAUGGAAGUGCAGUGUUACAGUGUGAGUCUGCAGGCUGGUAUCCAGAGCCUGAGGUGUUCUGGCUGCACGGUGAGGGAAAGCUCGUCUUUGCUGGACCUACAGAGACCGUCAGAGGUCCUGAUGACCUCUAUACUGUCAGCAGCAGAGUGACUGUGGAGACGAGACACGGCAACAACUUCACCUGUAGAGUCCAACAGCAGAACAUCAACCAGACCAGAGAGACACACAUCCAUGUUCCAGCUGAUGUCUUCACGGUUCAAUCCUCUUUUGAGUGGAUUUGGAUCAUCGUCCUUUUUUUUUGCAUUGUUGCUUUGCUGAUCAUUAUCAUCCCACCGAUCAAGAACAGUCAACUUCAGCUGAUUGGUCCAUCUCAACCAAUAGUGGCGACAGUUGGUGAUGACAUAAUUUUCCCAUGCCACCUGGAACCUGCAAUGAAUGCUUCUGACAUGAGGUUGGAGUGAGCUGAGGCCUGGGUUUGUGUCUGUGAGGGCAAACAGUCAAGAAUACGUAGUUACCAAACAGCCGUCCUACAGAGGAAGAACAUCAGUGUCCAUCGACAAACUGGAGCUCGGAGACGUUUCACUGAAACUCUCCAGCGUAAAAGUCUCUGAUGAGCAAACAUGCAGACGUUCCCACAGUACCAAGCUUGUUGUUGAAAUGUACUGUAAGAUGUCCACUUCUGGCAGAGCUGUGCCCAUACAUCAGCAAAUACAGCAGACUGACAAACAUGGACGAAAUGUUUGGAAGCUGCUGAUCCCAGUCACCAUGAGGAAACAGUCAGCGGUGGAAGAAGUAUUCAGAUCUUUUACUUAAAGGUCCUGA